AUGCAGACACCCUCGGUAGCCAUGCAGACAGGGGCCACAGUGAUCGCCGUCGCGGGUUAUGCCACCUGCUCUUCGCUGCUCCUGAUCUGCAACAAGUUGGCGGUGGCCUACCUCCCAGCGCCGUCCUUUGUCCUGCUCUCACAGGUCGUCUGCUCGUGGGUCGCCGUCAAGGCGUUUGGCCUCUGCGGUCUCAUCACGGUGGACGCACUCGAGUGGCGUAAGCUCGUUUCCUUCACGCCGGUAGCGGUCGCGUUCCUCGCCUCAAUAUUUGCCAAUAUCAAGACGCUGCAGUACGCCAACGUCGAGACCUUCAUCGUCUUCCGCGCGGCGACACCCGUCAUCAUCUCGAUCGCAGACUGGAUAUUCAUGGGCCGCCAGUUGCCGAGCUUGCGCUCCUGGCUCGCCAUCAUGGCCCUGGUCGGCGGUGCCUUCUUCUACGUGGCGACCGACGCGCAGUUUGUCGUGGCUGGGUACAAGUGGGUGUGCAUCUGGUUUGUCAUCUUUUGCUUUGACCAGCUCUACAUCAAGUUCGUCGUCGACACGGUCAAAAGUCUUCUACACCAACCUCGUCGCCUCGAUCCUGCUGACCGCGCUCACAUUUGCCACCGAGAGGGAUAUCUUCCUAAACGGCGCAGUGGAGCAGUUCACUCCCGCGGCGAUUGCGGCGCUCUCCGUCUCGUGCCCCCGUGCCCGCCUCCAGGCACUGCCAUGUCGUAUUUUGCAUUCCUCUGCCGUGCCGCAGUCUCCGCCACUUCCUUCACCGUCAUCGGCAAUCAGGUGCUGACGGUGCUGAUCAAUAUCUUAAUCUGGGAUAAGCACGCCUCGCCGCUCGGGCUCACAUGCCUGCUGUGUUGCCUUGCGGCGGCUGCGUCGUACCAGCAGGCGCCACUGCGGGAGCAGGAAAACGAAUCGGACCAAGAAGCAACGAACCAGAUGCUGCCGCUGGUGCAUGAUACGAGCGCCGAGCGGGACAGCACGCCCGCCAAACCCAUCAUCUCUGCCUAG